UCCAGCUGUCGAACCUCUGCUUGUUCUUGUUGAGAGACAUGACAUAAUAACGGCUACCGCAAAAUGUUAGCUUCCAGGUCCCUCUUCAGAUUGGAUCGAGUUCUGAAAUUUACAACUACUUAUGCUGCAUUGGAGCCAGUGAAUUAUUUCUUGGGACACCGUGGUUAUUGUGGUUUGAGGUAUAAUAUUAAAAUGGGUGGUGGAAAAGAUAAGCAAAGUGGCGGGGAUCGUAACAAAAAGAUCAGAACAACUAAUGCUGUAUGGAGACCAGUCAGUACUCAAGCCACUUCCAAUGAAGAAUGCUCAGUAAGGGUGACCACAGAUGAGCUGGAAUCUGAUACUCGAGUCCAAGAAGUGCAUCGUUGCACAUCUACCAGAAUUUCAAGUGCUCACAAUGUCAUAGAGGUGGCUGCAACUAACUUUACUGCUAGUUCCAGUGCAUUGCAAGAUAAUGGAGAAAAGACAGUAUUCAGAGAAGAAUCAGUGGUUUCUACUGAAAAGCAUUCAAUUUCAGUUGAGGUUGGUGCUUCUUUGGUUCGCUUUAUUAGAGGAAAAGGGGGAUCUACACAGAGAGAGAUUGAAGAUGAGAUGGGAGUUAAGAUUAUAAUCCCCUCAUCAAAGGAGGAGGAUUCAGUUAUUAUUGAAGGCAUCUCAAUGGAAAGUAUAUCUAGAGCUUCUGAGAAGAUACAUACUAUAAUUGAUGAGGCAGUUAAGAGCCAAAAUCUUGAUUACUCUCACUUCAUUUCACUUCCAUUGGCAAUACAUCCUGAAUUAGUUGAUAAGCUUGUCAACUUUCAGAACUCCAUCCUGGGAAUUAGUGAUUCUUGCGUAGAUGAGAAACUGAAUAGUGAUUCAAAUGAAGAUACUUCUGAAAAUGAAGGAGAAGACCAAAAGUUAGAGAAAGGAACUGAUGUCGCAGUUGAACUUAAUGUUGAAGGUGACAGUGAGCAAGUUAAAGUGAAUCUAACUAACAUACCUCUUGUCAGUUAUGCUCCUAAAAUGUCAAGGGCUUCCACCCUAUCUGGUACGGAAAUAUUACUUUUCUUAGAAGUCAUUACCGAUGCAUAUACUAAAGCUGGGCUUGUUCUAGAGAAAGAUGCUAAUCAGAAAUUAAAGUUGCAUGCAACCGUGAUGAAUGCAAGGCAUAGGAAAAGGAAGAAUCGAACAAGAAAGGUUCAAUCCUUUGACGCCCGUGGCAUUUUCAAGCAAUACGGAUCUGAGGAAUGGGGAGAGUAUCUUAUCCGUGAAGCUCAUCUUUCACAAAGAUUUGUGUUUGAUGACAACGGAUAUUACCAUUGUUGUGCUUCUAUACCUUUCCCUGAAACAUAUGAAUAGACUGAUUUACAGACACUCGAGAUGUACGUUUUCUUAUCUCGGGUAGGGGACAAUAUGUAUGUAAUUAAGAUAGGAAGUAGGCUUUGGUUAAUAAAUUCACUCUUGUUUUACUAGGUUUCAGACUGAAAUUUGCAACUCCCAUAUUUUUGUGUUUCCUCUGAUUAAUGUACAAUGACUUCAACUGGUGCUCCAUUUCACCAAAGAAUCAUUUUUUCUUUC